GAGUUUAGUAAUAUUAGAAUUUUUGUCGAAUAGCGAAAUCAUUAAAUUCUUCUAGCAGAUAUAAGUCUUCGGAAACUUAUAAAUAUGCGUGACUUUUCAUCCAAAUAAAAGAUGAAAUUUCAUAAGCAUGACUCAGCAGUCAGUUCGUGAUGAACAUUCAACUUAACUAUGAACUUUGGACUAGACUCGGAUAACUGGCCUUAAUUGACAAUUUAAGUAGUUGCCAAUACAUCCAUUUGAUCCGUGUUGAGCCAAUUUAAAUAAUCAGGAUGGAAGAAGAACUACUAUACUUUGAGGUCUUCUGGAAGAUUUCUUUCAACCGGGGAGGCAGCAGGGAGAGAGGUCUCACCGAAGAUCCGUACGGGACUGGAGCCCCGACUCGAAUGUCUCGAGAGCGAGUGCACUCUCACCUGUAUGGAGAGAGAGCGCAGACAUCAAAGAGAGGCCCGGCGCUGAUUGGGUCUGCGCAGGUCUAAGCAGCCAAGCCGCCACCGAAGAGAACUGAUGGAGGCCGACAACGUAUAAAUGUCCUAGUUUCAAGGCUCGUCGCUUGUUCUUAUCUGCAUUACACUAUUUUUUAUAGUACUUUCAGACACUCUUAUUUCCCAUCGCAUGAACUUUGGAACAAAAUUCAUCGAUCAACAAAAAGUCUGUUUACUACAAUAUCAACGAUAUCGCCAUUCGCCAUUAUGCAUCAAUAUGUGAGAUAAGUUAGAGAUGGACAUAACAAUUUUUUUCGUAUUUUAUUGUUCGAGGCAGGAAUUUUUUUCAAUACUAAAAUAUAAAAAUGAUUCAUCCAAGUUAUUGAUAUUGAAACAGUCAUAAGCAGGAACAGUUUUUCCUGAGCAGCUACAAGUUUCAUAUAAUAUUUGUACACAAUACAAUUAAUUGAUUUAAUAACUGAAAAUUAGCAGUGAACGAGUAAAAUUUGCUUCUAAUAGUUCUAAAAUCAAUGAUCAAGUUUGUUUAAAAAACCUUAAAAAAUUAAAAAACUAUUUUGCAUGCCUACAGUAUAAGGUUUCUUUUCAUUGCUAAAUUUAUCUACGCUUGCAUAUUAUAUUAAUAAACAAUAAAUAAAUAAUGCAAUAGAUUAUUGCAAUAUUUUUUAUGUUCAUUUUCUUUAUAUGUGUAGAUAUAUAUUUAUUAGGUCUAUUUAAUAAACAAAAAAAUAUAUUAUCCGUUGACUGUCUUAUUUAUACAACUGCUGCAAAUAUCCAUGCAAAUGGUUUAAUGCAUUGCAAUUUGUUAGAUAAAUUUACAUAAAGGUUAAAGAAAAAACUCAAUAAUGCAUCGCUAACGAUCGCUAAUCAGUCUAAUGCAAGAAUCAACGACUUCUGUUGAAUCCUUGGCCUUCUUUUUAACCUCGCCUUUCGAAUUCCUUUAUUGCGCAUAAGACAGAUUUCUUAACGGAAGAUAAAAGCUCGCGUGCAUCGACGAGAGAGGAAAGGUUUGCUCAUCGGGGCUUUUUCAUGGUCUUGGACUUCUGUAUCGAUUCGUUCGCAAGCGCCGCGAGUGGAGCUUCGCGCUACUACAGUCCGCAGUUCUGCUGGUGGAAGGCGGUUCUCGCAGCACUUUCCCAUUGGUUGCCAGCCGGUAUAAGCUUUGCCAGGUCCCGCGACUAUAUUCAGUGCUGUUGUUACUCACCUCCUGAACACUUGAAAAAUAGUAUGUAUAUGGAAUUUCGUGGCAAGGAAAUAAAACACGAGCCGCGGUCGCGUGGACUGCACUCAUUUCCCGAUCAUUUUAGAGAACCCGAGAUCAGCUUUUAAAAAGUAUUCUUUCGAGUGACGACAUUGCAAGACCUGUAAAUAGUGUACAUAGAAUUAUUAUUGAACUUUAUGCGAAGUAUUGUUAAUUAAGUUGUUGAGUUCGGAGCACUGUAUUAGAAGAACAAAUUUUGUAAGAAAGAAGAAAAUACACAAAACGGAACAAUGAAGGUUGACGCACAGAAUGACGUAUCCCUUGGAACCAAGCUUCUUACUGCCGGAACUGCGGCUUGCAUCGCAGAUCUGGCGACCUUUCCAUUGGAUACCGCAAAAGUUCGAAUGCAGAUUGCAGGAUUAGGGCGCGCUGUACUGGUCGCUUCGCCGGAAGGAUCGGUAAUGGCCGUGAGAACAGUUCAAUCUGGCCUGAUACAAACCAUUGGAAGUAUUGUCAGAAAUGAAGGAAUGAGGAGCCUGUACGGAGGUCUUUCCGCGGGACUCCAGAGACAGAUGUGUUUCGCCAGCGUACGAUUGGGCCUCUACGACAGCGUCAAGACACUCUACGCUGGAUUCCUCGACGGUAGUAGAGGUACAUCGACCGUAGACAACGGCUCCAUCAACAUCGGUGUGCGCAUCGCAGCGGGCAUAACGACCGGUGCACUGGCCGUCCUCCUCGCCCAGCCCACGGACGUUGUGAAGGUUCGACUGCAGGCCGGAAAUAGCGGGCCGAGUCGCAGGUACACCUCGACUCUGCAGGCCUACAGACACAUCGCCGUGAACGAGGGAACCGCUGGUCUCUGGAAAGGCACCUUCCCGAACAUCUCCCGUAACGCCAUAGUGAACGUGGCCGAGAUAGUCUGCUAUGACAUAAUCAAGGAGAAGAUACUGAGCUCGGGCCUCCUGCAAGACGGCAUCCCGUGUCACUUUAGCGCAGCAGUGGCUGCCGGACUUUGCACGACUCUGGCCGCGAGUCCGGUCGACGUCGUCAAGACUAGAUACAUGAACAGCUCACCGGGCGAGUACAAGGGCGCCAUCGACGUGGCCGUGCGCAUGUUCAUAAACGAGGGUCCCAUGUCCUUCUACAAGGGCUUCAUACCGAGCUUCAGCAGACUCGUCUCCUGGAACAUCGUUCUCUGGAUCACCUACGAGCAGAUCAAGAUUCAAACCAAGAAGUUGCAGCAUUCCAAUUAGGCUUGCUCAUUACGUAGUUUAUAGGGAGAAGCUUUAACUUUUUGUCGAUGCACGAUGGGACGGGAUUUGAUUAUUUUGAGUUUGUACACUGUUGUACAACUUAGGGAGAUUUGAGACCGGUUCAUGAUGGCUAAUGGUAUCUUUUUCAAAUGAGAAAAAUGUACAGUGCAAAAAUGAUUGAAGGUAGCUUCUUAUUAGUUUAUCUCGUCUCGUUCCAUCCAACUUAAUUACUUUCCAAAACGAGAAGUCGUUAUUAUUUUCAUUUUCUUAAGCGAUUUCGUAAUCGCUAUAGUAUAAUAAUAUCAAAUAGAAAAGUCUAUUUUUGUCAAAAAUGGUGCUUGAUAGUCGUAAGUAAAGCGGUAGUAAAUAGCGAUGUUUACGAUGUACACUCUUAAAUGUAUAAUUACCGAUAGAUGUGUCGCAUCCUUCAGUUGUUGAACAAAAAAUUCUUUUCGAUCGAUAUAAUUUAAGCACACAAAGUUGCUCCUUCGAGAUGCUGUGAUGAUACUUAUAAAUUAUUAGCGUAGUUUUCAGUGGAUGUUUACAAAAAAAGGCCCGCGAACGAAUUGAUUUUGACAUAUUUACAUGAACUGUCGAUUUGUUAACAUCUUUUUAUCUUUUUACUAUAUUAUAUAUCGAUUAAAAUAAAGAUAUGAUCCAUGAGUAAGGACA